AGAGAGAUUGUGUGUAUUGUGCAGGUAGGUGCAGUGUGUUGGUGUAAAUGUGCAUGUCACUUUUAUCACAAUGUUUUGAGACAUACUUUAUGCUCUUAUUCUGAACUCUAUUAGAGAAAAAACUCCAGCUGACUGUAGUGAAUUAGGAGCCACUGUUUUGCUCAACAGCAAAUACCAUCAUAUAGAUAUGCCUAGAAUGUGGUUAGUGGAUUGACAGUCACCGUGGAGAUACCAAACGCAAAUGGUUCUAAGCCAGAGCGAUCCCACAAACCACCUAUGUUUCUGACCACACAGCUGGCAGAGGUGCAGCCCCUUUCUGCCCUACUUUUAGUGCUGGACUACUGAGUUAUCUUUCACCUCCAGAAGUGGAAGGACCGUGAUUAUACUCACAGGGAGGGUACUGCUGGUGAGACAAAGAAGUAUGACUGCAUCGCAAAUAGAUGGACAGGAUUGGUGGAAGAUUGAACCCAAAUACUCUACUAAAGUUCUGAUUGGAAACUGGUUGGAAGAGAGGAAAAGGUUUAUAAAAGUCAGUGAGAAACCCAGCAACAGCACAUACAGAACAGACUUCAUUUACUUCCUGGAUCACAAACCAGACCAAACAUCAAGGAGAACCUUUAUGAAGAGACUUGAGGGCCUCCCAAAGCAGCAUUUCUUCACACAUCAUGAGGAGCCAAGCAGCCGAAAUUUAGUAUCAGAGUAUGACGAUAACUACAAUAGACAUGGUCAUAACACUCUGCUGCCUGCCCUCCGCAGAUGGAAUGGACGCAAGUUGGCCUGGAUUCCUGAGAAAUCAGAUUUCCCCAUUCUUGAACCACCCACCAACUAUGGCCUUCUUGAGCAGCUAAAGAAAAAAUGGCACAAGAAAGAAGCUGGAGUGAUGAACAGCAUCUACACUGUCUCCUAUGAAAACCCACCAAUUUCUGCUUUUGCUACUUGUCGACUUAGACAACCAGCUAUAACCCAUGACUUUUCUUCCAGCCAGGGACAUCCUCCUCAUAAUGUUAGUACAACCCUGGACUAUGAAGGGGCUCAGAAAUAUCUGCAAGUCCUAGGCCAGCUGGCCAGAGACACAACAAACUGAUGCAUCUGUGUAAACUGCUUAUGGUGAUCUCAAGUGCUACUUAAAUACAGCUUGUUGCUCUUA